AACGGGACCGCGAACCCGCUGCUGGACCGCGAGGAACACUGCCUGCGGCUCGGGGAGAGCUUCGAAAAGCGACCGCGAGCCUCCUUCCACACCAUUCGCUAUGAUUUUAAGCCAGCAUCUAUUGACACCUCCUGUGAAGGAGAGCUUCAGGUUGGCAAAGGAGAUGAAGUCACAAUUACACUGCCACAUAUCCCUGGAUCCACACCACCAAUGACUGUGUUCAAGGGGAACAAACGGCCUUAUCAGAAAGACUGUGUGCUUAUUAUUAAUCAUGACACUGGUGAAUAUGUGCUGGAAAAACUCAGUAGCAGCAUUCAGGUCAAGAAAACAAGGGCUGAGGGGAGCAGUAAAAUUCAAGCCCGAAUGGAACAGCAGCCCACUCGUCCCCCACAGCCAACACAGCCAUCACAGCCACCUCCGCCCCCACCACCUAUGCCAUUCAGAGCUCCAACAAAGCCUCCAGUUGGACCCAAAACUUCGCCCUUGAAAGAUAACCCUUCACCUGAACCUCAGCUGGAUGACAUCAAAAGAGAGCUGAGGGCUGAAGUGGACAUUAUUGAGCAGAUGAGCAGCAGCAGUGGGAGCAGUUCCUCAGACUCUGAGAGCUCCUCGGGAAGCGAUGACGACAGCUCCAGCAGCGGAGGCGAGGACAACGGCCCUACCUCUCCUCCCCAGCCUGCACACCAGCAGCCCUACAACAGCAGGCCAGCCCUUGUCAAUGGAACCGGCCGGCCACAGGGGAGCAACCAGCUCAUGAACACCCUCAGAAAUGACUUGCAGUUGAGUGAAUCUGGGAGUGACAGUGAUGACUAGAGCUGGAUCUUUCUAAAUCAACUUUUUGGUGCACAGAUAUACUGCAAGACCGGGCUACUUUUGCAUGGAAUCCAUUGACAAGAGAAAAUGCUGUGGAUCAGUGACUGUAGUAGAAAUUCGAGGCCCUAAAGCUCUCAGAUAUUCAAGUCUUUAACUUAAUGGUGAUGGGUGACUUUCUUGUGUAAUUAUUUGAACAAUCUCAUGUUUCAAGGUUUAAGUAGAUCGAUAGAAGAACUAACAAUUAUGUUUCUAUCUGGUUAACAUUGGCAAUGAAAAACAGGCAAAUGUGCCCUGGUCUAGGUUAUUCAAAGGCCAUAUCUUCACCAGGCCAGUGAUUCUGUUUUAAACCCUGGCAGCCACCAGUGUGGCCAAGUGGUCUGCACCAGUGAAAUGAGAAACAGUCUUUGAGGGAUAGGAGAGAGGGGGAAACCUCAGACUGCCACAUAGAAGUAUGUUAAAACCACUUGAAAUGUGGAAACAAAGUGGUAAGGAAGUUUUGUGUGACAGCCUGGCAAGCCUGUGAAGAAACGGACUUCAAGGUGGAGUCCUCAAGUGUCAGCUGGGCGGGACCCUGGAGCCCUGGCAGUUCAACCCCCUCAUUUACAAAUAAGGAAAGGGAAGCACUCAGCUGGUUUAGCCUCCUGCCCCCAGUCCAGGCUUUUCCCACUGUUCCCUCCCUUGAGUCUCAUUUGUUAGAACCAGAGGUUCUCAUAUGUGAGACUUACAGAUGUACAUAGGAAUUUGUAGUGGAUUCCAAAAGACAAGUGUUGUGUACUUCUAGCUCAAAUUCAGAUCCAGACAGUCCCUAAAUGCAGGAGGCUGGGUUAGCAGAUUAAACCAGCAGCCACUGUACUGACACAUGACCCAGUUAAUUUGGGGCUUUUACUUCUGAGUAGAUCCAUAUUAAGUGUUCCUCAUUCAGGGGAUUGUAGUGGGGGAGGCAGGAGUAGAAGAGAGGUGUAGUGAGGAAACCUUUCUAAACAAAUGAACCAGCAGCAGGUUUUUAGAAACCAGAAUCUAAAUAGGAGUUCUGCAAUAUGAAAUGAGCACAUUCUUUUGAUAAGGUGUCUCUGUUCGUGCUUUUGUACCACUGUUUGUGCCUGAUUGCCAGACUGAUUUGUAGUUUUUAUAUACAGGUAGAAGAAAGUCACAAGGUUGCCUUCUGCAGUGUGCAGUUUCCAAGUGAAUCUGUUGUUGAGGAAACUGGUCACUAGUAAAUGUUUCAUAUUGAGUGAAUGUGCGAUAAAUUGUCCCAUAAUUAGUUUGCAGUGUCCCAUUUCUGUAAUUUGAAUGAAUAUGUCCGGAGAAAUUUCCAUCUACUUUGGUUUAGCAGGUUAUCAGUAACAUUAAAUAUGAUUUUCCUUCCUGGGAUCCCUCCACUCAGAUGGCCUCUCCUUCCCCAGCUAGUGGAGGGAUGCAAUCUUGACCUAGAAGGGAAUUAGAUGAUCCAAGGUGGUGACCAUGGUUAGAGUUGAGCCUUAUGGUGUCCCCUGUUUUAACUGCAUAGUGAUCCCAGUGAGCUGGAGAUGUGGACCAGCAGUCACUGUCCAACAGCACGCUCAUACCAUUCUACCAAGUGUAGGUAAUAGGUCCACACUUGUACCCUGUGGUGGGUUCUCAGCCCAUCAGGAGGUGUCAGUGGGUUUAAUGGCAUGUAGGAACUUAUUUAUAAUGAAUUGGUAAUUGUUUUAUAUGUCCUUAGUAAUGACAGCUCAGGGAGGGCGAAGGUCAUGAUUGGGAGACAUGAAUUGUUACUGGAUGUAGGAAUGUUUCACUGCUCUUGACUUGCUCAAGCUGGUGCAGGUUUCAGGAACUUGAACUAAAAAUAUCUAUUUAAGCCUCACCCCCCCCCCCCCCCCCCCCCGAAGUCUUCACAUACAUAGACAGAACUAUGGUUUGGGCAUGUCAGGUAAAGAUAUUUGUUCUAUAGGAAAUGCUUGCAUGUGGCACUGGGUUGGCGAGUCAAGCUCUCUGAGCUUCAGGCUCUCCUGUCACCCAUCGUCCCGACUCGCAUGGUCAAUCUCUAGCCUGGCUCCAGUUUGGUUCUCUGCACAAAGCCCUCGGUGAUUCCCUCCCCCGCCCUCCAGCUUUACCCACCACAGUAAAGAAUCUUUUGUUUUUGGAAAUAAAAAAAUUGGCCUUACAGACUA